AGACACUGCCGAGGACCUAGGGCAGAGGCUUCCGUUAAUUGCCCGGGACUUCUGAUCCUGUGACGUGAGCGGCCCACGGGAUUUUUAUGUGUGGGGCGGGUAGGCAGAGACGAAGGCAGGCCUUAUCAGAAAGGAUGGAGUUGGGAAACGGAAAACUGCUGAGGACCGGACUGAACUCACUGAACCAAGCAAUCCACCCAACCCAGGGCCUUGCCUGGACGGAUGGGAGUCGUGUAGUCCUCACUGAUUUACGCCUUCAUAGUGGAGAGGUCAAGUUUGGGGACUCGCAAGUCAUUGGACAUUUUGACUAUGUCUGCGGGGUGUCCUGGGCCCCGUUCAGCACAGCACACAUGCCCUCUCUGCUUGCCGUCCAACACAGGAAGCAUGUCUCUGUGUGGCAGGUAUGUCCCAGCACUUCAGGAUCAAGCAAAUGGCAGAUGUCUCAGACCUCUGAAAUCAGAGAAUCAAUCCCUAUCCUUCCUCAAGGCUGUGUGUGGCACCCAAAAGAUGCUGUCCUGACUGUGUUGACUGCACAGGACGUUUCCCUUUUUCCUAACGUUCACAGCAACAACUCCAGAGUGAAAGUGGACAUCAACACCACGGGCCACAUUUACUGUGCAUGCUGGACCCUGGAUGGCCAGAGGCUGGUGGUGGCAGUAGACAGCAGCCUUCACUCAUACAUUUGGGACAGUGCUCAGAAGUCUCUUCACAGCUGCUCCUUCUGCCCAGUGUUUCCUGUGAGCUGUGCCAUCCGCUCCAUCGCCGCCACCGUGGACUCACAGGUUGCUAUAGCCACUGAACUUCCACUCGAUAAGCUUUGUAGCUUAAGUGCAUCCGAAGCCUUUGACAGUCCACCUAAUGGUGAAGAUGCUGGCGUGCAGAUUCUUCCUGUGGGUGAAACACCCUCUGUGGAUGAGCAGGCAGCCGCCUCAGAAACGGAUUCUGAAGUGACAGGCCCCCCCUCUUCCGGUCCUCUGGAUCUGACUCACAUACAUUUCAACAGAUCACAAGCUGAGGACAGGUCUCUUAUUUGUUUAAGAAAAAAGGACUGCUUGACAGGAACUGGCCAGGAUUCCUCACACUUGCUCCUGGUGACUUUUAAGAAAGCCAUUACCACGACAAAAAAGGUCGCCGUUCCAGGUCUUCUGGUUCCUGAUUUAAUAACUUUUAACCUGACAGCACAGCUAGUGGCUGUGGCUUCCAAUACGUGGAAUGUAAUUUUGAUCUAUUCCGUCAUUCCAGCUUCUAUGCCAAACAUCCAGCAAAUUCGGUUGGAGAGCAACGAGAGACCAAAAGGCAUGUGCUUUCUGACAGACAGAUUAGUACUGAUUGCUGUAGGGAAGCAAAGGCCCACUGAAACAGCAUUUCUUCCUUCUUCAGAAUCCGAUCAGUAUGCCGUUCACCUGAUAGUUAGAGAAGUAACACUGGGAAGAGAAUCUUCUGGAAUGUCUGCUGAGAGUCAGGGUGCUUCCUCUGCCCUCAGCGCACUGUCAGAUGAAGCAGAUAGAGAAAAGUUCACUGAGAGUCUUUCCCCCGGUUUGAGUGCCCUGCGCCGAGGGCUCCUGCUAACAGCCAACUCCAGCGCUCAGAGUGAGAGGUCUGGAAGAGCCCUUAUCCAAGAACUUAAAAGUCCCUUGUCCCCUCUGUUCAGUGAGCCCAUUGUCCCUGAAACCCUUCACAGGCCUUCCUGGCUUUGGACAGCAUUGUCUAGACCCAGCAGAACCUCAGACCACACCAGCACCCCAGAACCAAAUUUACCUCAAAGAGAGAACUUACCAAAAGAAAGGGAAACUCGCCUGAUUGCAGGGGAGCUGGAGGCCUUAGCUAGUCGCCUGGUGGGAACACAGCAGUGCCUUUCUGAAGUCAUGGAUUUUCUCCACAAGGCGAAGCCGCUCUCUCCCGUGUACCCACCCUCUCAAGACCCUCCCUAUGUUCACCUCAUUUGCCAGGUAACAUCUCCUUUGAGGAGCUUCCACCAUGCAGGAAGCUCUUGCAUCCAGUGGGGAGGAGGGGUAGGAGUGGAACCCUGAGUGAAGUGCGGUUGAUCGGGGCA